AUGCCCUCGCUAUGGAUGGCAGUGGCCCUGCUUACAGGUGCCCUGGUGCAGUCAACCACAGCAGCAUCUUCCUCAUCUUCGACCUUGAGCUCUGCUUCAGAUACAGACAGUGCUGGCAUUGUAACCCUCUCGGGAACUGUUGAUCCCCUCAGCAUCGAUGGAGCGACGGGAUCAGUGACAUAUCCCUCAGUCACAACGACAAUCACCUUGUCCACCGAUUCUAGCACCAUCUCAGGCACAGUGACGAGGAAUACAACUGAUGUAACCACCACCACCGUGCUCGUGGGCAGCCAGGCAGCAACCAUUCUAGCACCCAAUGCUACUGCCUCGAUCAACAGUACUACAGCAACGGGGACAGCUACAACCGCGCCGCUACCUACAAACACGCAACCAUGCAACGGCUACGUCGAGUUUUGCGCACGCAAUUACUCGAAUAUCACUUACGUCGCUGCACACAACAGCCCCUUCAACAGGCAGGGCAAUAUCGCCUCGAACCAACAAUACCCGGUAACUACCCAACUCAACGACGGAAUCCGCAUGUUGCAAUUCCAAGUCCACCUCCAGAACGGAUCCUUAUAUCUCUGCCAUACGUCCUGCGACCUCCUCAAUGUCGGUACACUGCAAGACUAUCUGACAACCGUCACCAAGUGGCUAAACAACAACCCUUACGAAGUGAUUACCAUCUUAAUGGGGAACUACGACCUUAUAGGCGUGGGGAACUUUACAGACCCCAUCGUCAAUUCUGGACUGUCGAAAUAUGCGUAUCAACCACCCAAGAUUCCCAUGGGACUGGAUGAUUGGCCUAUGUUGUCAGAGUUGAUUCUCACGCAGAAGCGAGCUAUAAUCUUCAUGGACUACAACGCGAAUCAAACUGAAGUUCCGUAUAUAUUGGAUGAGUUUACGCAAAUGUGGGAGACGCCAUUUUCUCCGACGGAUCCAAAUUUUCCGUGUACGGUGCAGAGACCGCCGAAUCUGUCGACAGAGAGGGCUAAAUCGAUAAUGUAUAUGGCUAACCAUAACUUGAACGUGGAGAUCUCGUUUUCGGGACUGGAUAUCCUGAUCCCCAACACGGCUGUCUUGAAUGAGACGAACGGCGUGUUUGGAUACCGCAGUUUGGGGUUGAUGGCUAAUAACUGCACCGCAACCUGGGGCAGACCUCCAAACUUCCUGCUAGUUGACUACUAUAAUAACGUGGUCAUUGUUGUCGAUCGAUGGCUUCGGGGGCUUUGA